GGGGUGCUGCUCAAUGUUGUGACCAGACAUGUGAUGUCACUUCCUGGCGGGAUUUCGAUCUGAACGGAUGUAAACAAAACAAGUGACCGAUUUAACGGCGACUGUUGUCUUAAUACAUCCAUGCGACUGAUACAAUUGACAAGUGCAGUGCUUUUUGGUAAGCAGUUCUCAUAUGUGACAGCCGCUGAAGGCAUUUGUAAAGUUAUUAGUAAACAGUCGUAGUAAGGUAACGUAACGGUAUCUAGCAAGUGUUAACGUUAACUGUUAGAGAGGAGGAGGUCAUUUCUGAGAUAGUCGUAUAAAUUAAGAGCAUAUCUUCAGUAGCGCUGCAUUUGUUUAAUUUUGCAACGUUAACCUGAGUGACAAGGCGCCUUCACUGUUUUGUCAUGGACCCAUCUGACAACAUGGGGACCCUCAACCACAUGGUGGAGGCUGUGGCACUGAAUAACGGUCCUUCUCCUGACAGCUCCACCGGACAGAAAGAUGCCUUGCCUCAAGACAUGCUGAGAAUAAAACAACAGAUGUCCAACCAGUGCUUUGAGAUGGCAGUACAGCUCCAAGCAGGAAAAAGUAAGAGAUCAUGCAGCACAUCUGAAGCUGAGAGAGACUUGCCAGAUUAUGUCAAUGAGAUGGAAAGAGUCAAGACAAUUAAUUUUAACAGCACAUUGACACUGCACAGAAUGCAGAUGUGGCAUGCUAUUGGAGAAAAACUGAAACAGAAUGAUUCAGAGGCAGUUGCCCUGAAAGCUGUGAAUGAUCGCUGCAUGGGUCUUUGUUCACAAAUAAAACAACUUCAACAAGAGUCCAGAGAUCUUCAAGAUGAAAUCACAGAAAUACAGAAGAAGAGGCUUGAGAUGAAGCGGCUCACACAUGAGAAAAUGAAAGAGAUGGAGGAGUUGAUGUCCAAGAAAGAGCACCCGGAUACAGAGAAGUACAAAGCUGUGUUGGAGAAAGGCCAGGCCAACCUGGAGAAGUACAAAAAGAUGGUCAUCAUGGCACAGAACGUCCUCAGGGGAAUCCUCUUGGCCUGUAAAGUCAACUGGCUGGAUGAUCCCAAACUUCGAGACAUCGCCAUGACGCUGGAGGAUUUUCCCAUCUCUGACUGAAAAACGAAUUAAUUUGUUUCAUAUUUAUAUGUGUCUGUAUUGUAUUGUCAAAUAAAUAAUAAACAAAACUG